AUGCGAGUCCUCGCGCUGGCAAGCAUAGUGCCCCACGUUGAGAACAUAAAGAGUAGUGCCACAUCCUUUAUUCACUUGUGCCUUUCAGCCACUGACCGAAAAGAUCAAAAUCGACCCGGGAAACUAGGGCAGUUGCCUGGAUCCUGUUUUCGCAUCGGGAACCUCAAAAGUUGGACUGCCAAAUUCCUCUGA